UCGCCCUCCCGUAGAAUGGAAAGAUUUGGAGUGCCGCGUGGCAAGCGACCCCGGGUGCAAGUUUCUCUGGACGACAAGGAACGAGCCAUUGCCCGCAUCCGCGGUGGUGAGACCAAGGCCGGUAUUUCCCGUGAGCUGGGUGUUCCGGAGUCCACGGUUCGCGGUUGGGUGAAACGAGCUGAGCAGCGAAUGGCCCGCGAGGCAACUGGCCAGCCAGGAACCGCCAACUAUCCCUCGAUUCUGGCCAUGUCCUUGGCCAAACCGCAAGUCAGCAUCAGCACAAAAUCAUCGGCUUCGUCAAUCAAUUCCAAAUCAUCAUCCUUAUCGCCGCCGGUGGCCUUGAAAUCCCUGAAGCUGCCACAAAAGCGCAACAUAAGCGGUCAUCCGGUGGUGCCACCCUACCAGGAUUGCCAACCAAAUCCACCAGCUGCACCCAUUUCCGUUCCCGUGCCAAUGCCCAUGCCUUUUCCCAUGCCGCCAGCGGUUUCCAUCGACAGUCAGCAACAGAUCAGUGCCUGGUUGCAUAUUUUCAAUGCCGGACUCAUGAACUUCACCCUGAUUGCCACCGCUGCAGUGCAUCAGGCUCGUUCGCGCGGCUUGGCGGAUCGCCUGCCGUUGUGGCAAAUCAUCACGGAUUUCGUCGAAGAAGCUGGACGCAAUGUGGCCGCCAAUGGGGGUCAGUAUGUCGAGGCCACGACGCAGGCGAUAAGUCCCAGGCAACGAAUGGUCCAGGUGCCAGUGCAUCCGUAUCGCGGAAACGUGAAGGCUCCACCCAUUCACAUCACCGCCGAGGAUGACGAGGACUGCUCUACAGAUGCCGAUAUGGAACAAUGAUAAU